AUGGCUGAGCAAUCAGAGGUUGAGAGCAGUCUGGCCUCCAUCUUCCUCAGCUCCACCACCAUGUCUGUCAGCACUCUCAGCUCAGCCAAGACGUCAGAGGUGUUGGUGGUGGAAGUAUAUGGCCUGCUGUACCGUGGGGAUGUGGUGCCCAAGGACGUCAAUGCUGCCAUCGCCCAAGACGUCAAUGCUGCCAUCGCCAUCAAGACCAAACGCACCAUCCAGUUUGCCGACUGGUGCCCCACCGGCUUCAAGGUUGGCAUCAACUACCAGCCACCCAUGAUGGUGCCAAGUGGAGAUCUAGCAAAGGUCCAGAGAGCUGUGUGUAUGUUGAGCAACACCACGGCCAUUGCUGAGGCCUGGGCUCGGCUCGACCACAAGUUUGACCUGAUGUACGCCAAGCGUGCCUUUGUGCACUGGUAUGUGGGAGAGGGUAUGGAGGAGGGGGAGUUUGAGGCCAGAGAGGAUCUGGCUGCCCUGGAGAAGGACUACGAAGAGGUGGGAGUAGAUUCAGUGGAAGGGGAGGCUGAGGAAGGAGAAGAGUACUGAACACUGACAUGUUUUAACUUUUAUUGAAAUUGUCAACUAACUAUGUGUUUUGUUCCAUUCUCCUGGGGAGUUUUACCAGCAUGUGAUGGUAAAAAAAAAAAAAAAAGCAGGAAAGUAUAUAUUUUUUGGCAAAGUUAACUACAUCAGCACAAUUGUUCAAUUACCCAGUGUGUCCAGUUGAUAGCAACAAACACAGACAACUGCGACAUCAGGCAUAGAACACCUUAGUAUUGGUUAUAAAACAUUUAUUGAUUUGGAUUAAAGUCAACCUGUCAGUCUAGCAUUACAACAUGAAUGUUUGUUCCUAGGGAGUGUAGAUCAGAUGUACAGUACCAGGGACUACUAUAGUUCAUAUUUUAAAUAUUUCCUGCACCAUCUCAUUUUUGAACCCCCAUGUGUUUUCCUUGAGGUGAGCACAAAUGGGGAAGGCAAACUGUAGAUGUACAGCCAGAUGUAGAUCUCUUUUCCCCACAUGGCAACUGACUGGCUUCACAAGAAAGCCAGUUUAACAUUAAUUUAGGAUGCAUGGUUAUUUUCAAUAUCCAUCUUCCAGUUAGGUGGGGUAUAACUACCUCUUAUACCGGUAUACAAAACAAUCACUAAAACAAAGUGCCAAGUCAGUAGGUAAGAUGAGAACAUCUUUGGCAGGUCAUUCAAAUCCAUUCCAAAAUGUUUUCCCUUGUAAAACAGCAUAGUAUAUUCCUAGCCUUGCAUCCUUCUGACCUACUGGAAAGAACCUCCACCAAUGAAUAGGAAAGCACCUAGAUUACAAUACAUAUUGAAUUGAAAUCAAUUUGAGUAGUUCUGUUCAGGGUUGAUGGACUAGCUAUAGUUGUGACAAUACCGGACUCCUCCCUUUAGACGAAUAGGAACUUUAGGGUCAACUAUCACACCACCUGUCCUGACCUUUGGGGUUACGCACAACUUCACGCAUACUCAAGUGUGUGUACA